AUGGCACUAGUGGCUCGGAGAUUAUUGACUUUUGGCAGUAACGAGCGGGCAUUAAACAGCAUUACUGACAGGCUCAUUGACGAGCAAAUGGUACUGAAUGGGAAGUUACUAACCUUGCUCAUGGUGAAGUUGGGUGCUUGGGGGAAUCGCUAUCAUGCCCACCAAAAGAAGCAUGAGAGUUCAGAUACUGCCGGGUUGCCCGGGCCUAGACAGGGGCAGUUGAAAUACCGGGACGUACUCAAGCAAGUCAUGGAAGCCCAUUUGUUGCCGUGUAAAAUCAGUUCCGACGGAAUGCAUGUCGACGUCCAGGCAGGUUUUGUUCGAGAAGAGACCGGUUCGAUCUCAUUUUCCGGCCACUCUGUUGAGAAAGCAAACUUCCGCGGACGACCUAUUUUUGGUACCAAACUGCCCAUUCCUCCUCCAUAUGAAGCGGUUUUAGCACAUCCGACUGACAGCUUAGGAGAUAAAGAACCCGCUCGUCUGUCUGUUAAAUCUAAAAUCAGUAGUAUAACGCUGUGGAAUCUAUCUGAUGAACCUAAGGCAUCUGACAAAAUUCCCUUAGCCAUGUUAUGGUUGAAACUGGCCCCAUUGGUUCACUCAAAUGCCAGUUAUUCAAACUGA